AUGUCUGAUACAAUCACUGGAUUUUUAUUGGCAGGAGUUGGCAAUGUUGAUUUGAGGAGGAAAACUAACUAUCUUAUUGUGGAUUCAAAAACAACGGUGAAGCAGAUUGAAGAUGCUUUUAAAGAAUUCACCACAAGGGAGGACAUUGCAAUUGUGUUAAUCAGCCAAUAUGUUGCAAACAUGAUUAGAUUCUUGGUUGAUAGUUACAACAAACCAAUUCCAGCCAUUCUGGAGAUUCCUUCUAAGGACCAUCCAUAUGAUCCUUCUCACGACUCUGUUCUUUCACGAGUGAAGUACCUCUUCUCUACUGAAUCAGUGGCAUCUGAAAGACGAUGAGUGAAAAAUGGAUUACACAUGUCAUAUGCCCCAAUUAUUAGUUCACCAUUUUAUUAUGUAUCUUCUAUUAUUAUUGUCCUAAGAUUUAUUCAUUAAUCUUUCUUGUGUCUUAACUCGCUUUAGUCGUUCUGCCACUUAUAUACUGCAUCUGUUUUCACUGCUUGCGUGAAUACUUUAUCUUUGUAAUAAGUUGAAUGUUGGCCUCUCUAUUGAGUUUGCACUUAUUGUACGAUUGAUCUUGGAAUGGAGUUUUAUUGAACAACAAAAAUGUAUGUGCUUUCUGGA